CACCACAGAGGUGCGCAUUGAUAUCUGCACAUGUAUAGAUAAAUACAUUAUACUAAAUAUAAAACGACCUUUUUUCAUUUACACACAGCUAUGUUGAAGCUUAUCCUUAUUUCAAGGUCUAAAUAUACUUAUUUUUAUGCGAACGUACUUCUGCGUAAAAAUUCUUUACCUAAUUUGAGUUCCUAAAAUUUAGCCGACUAUUUUGAACGUAAGCUAUCAUUGAUUUAAGAAGUUUUUAUUUUUUAUGACAAGAGUACAUCGAAUUAUUUAAAAAUGGAUCAAACUCAAACACUAAACAUCGAAGAUGCUCUCAAAACGUUUUAUGCCAGUGGAAAUAAUGAAGCUCAUUCUUGGCUAGUCAGAUUACAAGAAUCACAAGAAGCUUGGUCAUUGGUUUGGAAAUUAUUAGAUUCCUCAAAGCCACCAGAAGUGCAAUUUUAUGCUGCAAAUACAUUAUAUAGUAAAAUUUCAAAACAAUGGUGCGAAGUUCCAAAAUCUGAAUAUUCUGCUUUGCAGUCUCAAAUAAUACAAGCACUCAAACAUUCUAGUGGAACAAAAAUCAUUGCAUCUAGGCUCUGUCAAGCUUUAGCAGCAUUCAUGGCUAAUUAUGAAGAUACGAAUAGAAGUGCUGUAGAUGAAGUAAUAUGUUCAUUACCUUGUGAUACCCCAGAUACAACGAAACUGGUCAUGAAAAUUUUUGAAGCUUUACCCAGCGAAUUUGAUAAAUGCCAACAACAUAAUGAGUUGAAAAAUCGCCAAAACAUUUCCCGCAAUUGGAGAAAAGUUGCAGAAUUUCUUCAACAAAUUUUCCACUCUUGUAGUCAGUCUAAUGAUCCUUCCAGCAAUUCUAUUUAUAUUCUAUGUUUAGAGUGUGCAGCAUCAUGGUUAAAAGUUGACUAUUUAUCUUUGGACACUGUGGAACGUUUGUUUCCAUAUUUUUUAAUGGGAUGUAGUCGAUUUUUACCAAAAAGCGAAGAUAUGGAUGAUGCUGAUGCUACACAUGGGUGGGAAUUGGCUCUUGAGUGCCUUACAAUGAGUAUUGUUAAUUUAGAAUUAACCAAGAGGCCAUUACUUUUUUUUGAAUGGACACAAAAUUUAAUCCUCAUGGUACAGGAUCAUGGUGCCAAACAUUAUUACGAUCUACUUUCAUCUUUAGGUGAAACACAUAGCAGAACUAUUUUAUUAGCUAUUACACCUCAACAUGAAAACAACACUGUAUCAAAUGAACAACACAAAUGGUUAUCGCAAAAGGUCAUUGAUUAUCUACUUGAAUGUUGUGAUACACCUGGGCGGUACCCGACUGAAGAAAAACAAAGUUGUAUACCCCUUGGAUUUUGGUAUGCUUUACAAGAUGAUUUAGACACUUUGGAAACACCAAUAGAUAUAUUGGCUAAAAAUGAAUUACAACCAAUUUACACUAGACUAACUCAUACAUUGCUUAAAAAGUCAACUUUACCACCACCAAAUGAGGCUGGUUCUAAAGAAGAUAAAGAAUUGUUUAGAAUUUACAGGCAAGAUAUCAGUGAUACUUUAAUAUACUGUUUUAAUGUUUUGCGACAAGAUCUUUUGGUACUCUUAGGCCAAAGAUUAAUGGUUCCCAAUAAUGAUGUUUCUCGAUGGAAUGAAGUUGAAGCAUCUAUACAUGGUUUUAGAGCAAUUUGUGAUCAUGUGAUUGAUGAAGAUAACCAAUAUAUUGCUGCAAUAAUGGAUUUGUUGUUAACAAAUAUACCUUAUGACAUAUUUCCGCGAGAAGUUUUAUGCAGUGCUUGUUCAGCAAUGGGUGACUAUGCUGAAUGGAUCUAUAAUAAUCCAGAGCCAUGGUUAGAACGAGCCUUACACUUAGUUAUUUUAGGCCUAACAGCAGGUCCUAUUACUUCGCCUGCAGCCAGUUUGGCUUUAAAAGACAUAUGUCGUGAGUGCAAUAAACAUUUGGAGCCUCUUGCACCCACUAUUCUUCAAACUAUCGGCCGAACAUUACCAAACAUUACUCCAGGAGGAGGUGAAGACUUGAGAUUAAUGUAUGCAGCUGGAAAGUUGUUGAACUCUCUGUCGCUAGAAAGCGACCGAAUACAGCAUUUGGACGCAACAGUAGGAUUAUGUGUUAUGAGAUUGAAACACUUCUUGCAGUCAUCGAGCAAUGACGCGCAAUUUGGUGUCAUUAAUAAUUUUAAAAUGAUCACUACGUUUUUUUCGAGUUUAGAAAAAAACAUUGGUAAUGCAGUAUUGAAUGUUUUGAUACCAAUAUUUCAAGAAAUUGUUAGUCACCCUGUUUGGAGAAAGGAUGAAAAGAUUAUAGAAGCAAUGUUUCAUUGUGCGCAGAAGGCGAUCACAACGAUAGAAUGUCCGGAACAAGAUGCUCAAUCACUUUUCUCGAUACUUUUAACAUCUUAUAAAAUUUAUCCUCAUCCAGCUGCUUUAGAUUUUCUAAAAUUAUCAGUUUUGAUGUUUGGUCGAGCUCAAGCACAUUUUAUAGGACCUAUUUUUGCAGAAAUUAACUCAAUAACGUUACAAGCAGUCGCAACUUGCAGAGCAAAUGGUGAUUGUAUAUCAGACUAUUCGAAAUUAUUGGAAGAAUAUUUAUCGUUACUUGGUCAUAUAUGUAAAAAAAAUCCGGGACUAUUGUCUCAAGUAUCGGAUCAGUUACUCGAAAUGCUAAGAUGCGGAAUAGGUUGUCUACUGUUACCUGAAUAUGCUACUGUUAAGGCUGCUGGCUACUUUUUAACACAUGCCAUUACCACAAGUCCACAUUUACAAACUUUUAUACACCCUGUCGGUCAAGAGUUGAUUUGUGUUCUCCUACAAUGCAUCGGAAGCGUUACACCAAGAUCACAGCUUGAGCCCCACGCAGAAGUGCUCCUUGCUUUAAAUAAAACCUGUUUCGAAUGGACAGCUGAGUGGCUACAAAUUGCGCUCAUACAGGCCAAUGCAGUGACUGAAAACCAACGAAACAUGUUUGUUCAGGAUGUACUACGCGAAAGAACAAAUAAGCGUCGUCUUUACAAUAAGCUACAAGAUUUUAGUUUGCUGUGUCGACAAUCAACGGGAGCAAAGUAAACUGUGGUCAAAUUUUCAAUAUUUAAAAAUUAAAAUGAACAAUGAUAUUUAAUGAGUUUAUCUACCAAUGUGUGAUAACAAUUGACGAAUAACUUUUGUAUCGUUCUACUUUUGUAAAGUAUAAGUUGGGCGUAUGAAAAAAUUGUCAUAAUUAGAAUUAAGAUAUCAUAACUAUUAAAUCCAAUGUUAUUUCUUUUAAUUUUUGCUUAGUCCGAUGAAUACUCAUAGACGUAGUUAUCGAAUUUUCUAGAUAGGUUUGUUUCAUAUGAACUUGCAAUCUUAAUUUUCAUAAAAUUUUUUUAUAGUAAGACUCAAUUUAUGAAAUUAAAAAUAAAAUAAAAUUUUGUUCUAUCUUUACAUGUAACCUAUGUAUUAAAUUUGUGUUCAUAAUUUUUAGCGCCAUAUAAUAGGAAAAUAACUACAGAGUGUAAUUAACACUAAAAACAAAACAUUUUCUUUUGUUUUAUAAAUAAAAUAAAUAAUAU